AUGUGCGUGGCGGCAAGAUGUCUGGAUGUACCUGGAACCUGCCAACGAGUCAGCGGAACUUCCUCAUGGCCACGUCGGAGCCUGGAACAAAAUCUCCCUGCUCCGGUUAUCGCCUUGGUCGGCGGCUGGAGGAGGAGGGGACAGGCGCGUACGAACCGGGGCGAGAGGGGAUUGGAAUGCCGCUGGUGGCCCGGUUCGUUGAGGCGGUGGCGAUUUGAGCGCCUACUGGCUGGUUCGCCUACCGGCUGGUUCGGGUUGCUGGAGGCUGGUACCAAACCGAACGAACGGUCGUCGUCGCAGUAUUAUGGCACAAAGUAUGGAGUACCGAGGAUCGAGUACGGAUUCACAAACGUGCUUGGCGUUCCCUCUUCAUCAUCCACGCCCAAGUCGGCGGCGGGACGGGAGGCGAUAUCUUAUAGCGCCGAGUUUCUCGACGACCCGGCGGCUCGACGUCAAAUGCAACACUACCGCUACGAGUACGAGGUUCUUCGCCCUCCCGGGUCGUCGUCUCCUGACUUGCCUCGCCGCCUGCACCUCGACAAAGGUGGUGGUAGUGGAGGAGGAUAUGGUGGUGGUGGUGUUGACCGUCUCCGACCAUACAAGUGCCAGCGUGGGCCACAGCGUACCCAUCCACCUACCGUUGGAUGGCUAGCAGGCACUACCCCUCGUCAACCCAUCCGGUGCCAGGUGGGUGCUAGUCUGCCGGCGGGCGAGUGUCAGGCUGAACGUGACUCUGAAAUCUGA